GAUGCCAGGACACACGCACUACUUCCAGGGCAGUCACGUGACUUGCCCUCCAGCCUGUAUUCUUCUGUGUAACUUAAUAGGGGUGGGCAGUAAACGAUUGGCAUGCGAAAUCAGAAACAGAAAAGGUGAAGCAACUGCAACUUCCUGAGUCAAGAUUAGCAGAACGAGAAGAAGGAGCUGGGGAGACGAAGGCAAUCGGUCACUUUGAGACACUCUGAAGAAGGACAAGACGAGAGAAGCGGUAGACACGUAACACAGCAACAAGCAUGGAUUACCGGGCUGCCCUGGAGGUUUAUAAGGAGCUGUUGCUGGUGUAUCUUGAGCAGGGCCGGCGGUUUGUGAACGCACAGUGCGAAGGGCUGGAACCUUGGCAGAUCAUCACAGGAGCCGUGGCAGCGACUCUGCUGGCAGUGUGGCUACGAGGCUUCCUCUUCCAACAAGAGAGCUUGAUAUCCAGAACUAAGAAGAAGAUAUUUAAGUUAAUAAGAAGAAUUCCUUUUGUAGGCGCUUCAAUUCAGAUGCAGUUGAACAAGGCUCUGGAUGACAUGGCGUCGAGUCUGUGCACCCUGAAGGAUGGGAUGAGGUAUGUGAAGGUGCUCCCAGCUCGGGGGCUCUCGCAGACAGAGGUGCUGGACAAGCUGCGCGAGUACAGCUCUUUGGGGGAGGUCCAGUGGGAGGAUGGCAAGGUGUCUGGGACUGUGUACAGUGGAGAUGAGAAGCUCACCAAUCUUCUGGUGAAGGUCUAUGGAGACUUCGCCUGGAGUAACCCCUUGCACCCCGAUAUCUUCCCUGGGGUUCGGAAGAUGGAGGCAGAGGUGGUGCGGAUGGCGUGCACGCUUUUUCACGGGGGACCCUCUUCCUGCGGCACGGUCACCUCCGGUGGCACUGAAAGUAUCCUGAUGGCCUGUAAAGCGUACAGAGACAUGGCAUUGGAGCGCGGAGUCAAGCACCCUGAAAUUGUUGCUCCAGUCAGUGCUCAUGCAGCCUUUGACAAAGCGGCGCAUUACUUUGGGAUGAAAAUUGUUCACAUUCCCCUGGACCCAGACACCAUGCAGGUGGAUGUGAAGGCGAUGAGGCGAGCUAUUUCCAAGAACACGGCCAUGCUGGUCUGCUCCGCUCCUCAGUUUCCACACGGAAUCAUUGACCCAGUACAGGAAAUAGGAAAGCUGGCUGUGAGCUCCAGCCUCCCUCUCCACGUGGACGCCUGCCUGGGCGGCUUCCUCAUCGUCUUCAUGGACAAGGCCAAAUUCCCCCUGGCUCCCUUCGACUUCCGGGUCAAGGGGGUGACCAGCAUUUCUGCAGACACACACAAGUAUGGCUAUGCCCCAAAGGGCUCCUCUGUCGUCCUGUACAGUGACUCUAGGUACCGGCAGUACCAGUACUUUGUGGCCCCAGACUGGCAGGGCGGUAUCUAUGCGUCCCCCAGCAUUGCGGGCUCCCGGCCAGGGGGAAUCAUUGCUGCCUGCUGGGCCACCAUGAUGCACUUCGGAGAGAACGGCUACAUCGAGGCCACCAGCAAGAUUGUGAAUACCACGCGCACCAUCGACUCAGCGUUGCGGAACAUCGAUGGCUUGUUUGUCUUUGGGAAGCCCGAGGUCUCAGUGGUGGCCGUGGGCUCCAGGGUCUUUGAUAUCUUCAGAUUAUCCAACUCAAUGACCUCCAAGGGCUGGAACCUGAACACUCUGCAGUUUCCUUCCAGCAUUCAUAUCUGUGUGACAUUGCUGCACACGAAGCCCGGCGUGGCGGAGCAAUUUAUCAGGGACAUGAAGGACUCGGUUGCAGUCCUCAUGGAAAGCCCUAAAGACAAGACCACCGGCAUGGGCGCUAUCUAUGGCAUGGCUCAGUCCAUUCCUGACCGCUCCAUGGUGACUGAGAUCUCGCGAGGCUUCCUGGACUGCCUCUACAGCACAGACGCUCCCAGCUCAGACAAGCUGUGAGCACGGUCAGGGGAUCCUCAGCAGGCACACAGGUACCCCUGCCAGGACUCCACCUUCUCGGGGCUGGGAGCACAACCAGGGGAUCCUCGCAGGGCAGACAGGUACCCCUGCCAGGGCUCCGUCUUCCACAAGCUCACUGCUGUCCGUUUCACUGUGGUUCCUGAAGUACAUUUUCACACGGUUAUACAUACUUCCACAUUCUUUUAUUUCUGUGUUGUCUCAAAUUGUCAUCUCCUUUACAAAAAGAAUACUGUAAUUUCUAAACAGAUUUUCCACUUUUUGUUUUUAUUAGUAUUAGUGUCUGUUGUGAUUUUAGGUUUUAAUUUUGUACCAUGAGAUUGAACAUGGUUCCUCAGGCCCAGCUUGCCUUUCCUUUUUUCCUUUCCCUUCCUUACCUUGUCUCAUUAGUGUUCCUGCUCCAUAUGAACACGCUCCAUUUUGUGGAGCCCACUGUUCAGUGCACUCUCAAACUCUGCUCUUGGGAACUUCACUGUGACCUGAAAUGCAGGAAAGGUAAAAGCACAUCUGUGAAAAUCUACCUAAACAUUUAUUGAGGGCCCUUUUUUUAUUUAUUUUUUUUUACUUUGUUUUUAAAUGUUUACAUUUCCUGGCAUAUGAGUUCUAUCUACAACACACAGUUCAAACAUAAUUCUUAGUUAGUCCUAUGUCGAUAUGCCUUAUGUCUGACCUGAUGUUUGUUAUCAAAAUACCUUAAUAUCGGUUUAAAAUAUUUUAAAAGCAUUUUCUUUUUUGUUACAACUGAACACUACCUGAAAUUUCCCCCAGGACAUUCCCACCGACGGUUAUGUGUAGUACAAUAAGGAGGGAGCUUGUGUGUGAUUGCAGGGAGAUUACAGUCCUGUGGUCUCUGUGUAUGAAAGGAAGUUGCAAUGCCACUUUGCCUUGCUAGUGUGAUAAACAGAGCAUUGAAACUCUGCCCUCGUCUGGCCGGUAACGGAGCAGCAUUCUCUCAAGUCCCUUAUCACACUGCUGUUGAUCUUCUUUAUUUAUUAAAUAUAACCUCUCGUUUUUGAAAAGUAGUUUUUAUACAUAAAGUAAAUGCAUUAGUUAAUUAUAUUUUACAAGAAUGAUUGCUAUAAUCCAUUUUGACACUUUGUAUUUCAGUGUAUAUAAUACAGCUGCCUUCCUACAGUAAUUCAAGGCCAUAUCACUGACUAAAUCAUUUGACCACUCCCUUAUUCCUGUUCAUACAAGUUAAAACAGUAUGUAUCUACUCCUGGGAGUUCAAAAUGUAUUUUUGUAUGGCUGAAUCACUCUAUUGGGGGGUGAUUGGUAUUUAUAUACUUCAUUGCUUAUGUUGUAAAAAGAUUAGGUUUGUCCCUGCUGCCCUGUCCUAUUGUUUCUAAUCGUAUCACUUCCAUCAGGUGACUCCACCAUCCUAAAGGAGAGGCAGGUUUUGAAUCUAGCCAGUAAUACAAAAUAAUGUUCUACAAAUUAUGAUCUCUGCUAUUAAAUGUAACACAGGAAGUGAAUGGGGAAAGGAAGCCAAGUACCACCAUCCCCGGUCCUGGAGAGUUACUGGGUCUGCUGGUUUUCGUUUCAGCAGAGUUCUCUGUGACUUAAUUGCACUAAUUAUUGUCUUAAUUAAAGACACCUAGAAAACCUGCAGGAUAGGGGCUCUCCAGGACCAGGUUUGGAGACCCCUGUUCUAAAUCAUGUAUGAGCAAGCAACCAAUCACUUUUAAGGAUUCGUCAAACUUCCAGUGCAUCUUAUCCUGUGACCAGUGGUGUCAUCCUUUGCAUAGAACAAACAUCAUGCAGUUGUAAAGUUGAAGUAGAUCCUGAGUUCUGUGGUUAAUUUCAGUAAUUCCGCACAGAAGAGUGUGUGUCGUUCUGGGAUAUCUCCAUGCCAUGCCUCGAGCAGGAUCGAUAUCCCACAACACACCCGAGAGCCAUAGAACGAUUAUUCAAUAGUUAUGAGGCCAUGUGAAAGUAAAAAUAACUAACAAAAAUAGGGUUAAAGAGAACCAUAGCAAUGCCCUGAGUUCGUCACAGCUAUGACAUCACAUGGCCCACUGAAAUGAAUAGGAGGACAAUCCUUGCCAUUGUAUACUUGUUUCGCUUGUGUAGGAUGUCGCUAAUUAGAAUAGAAAUGAUUUUGCACAGUCUGGAUAUCAAAGAUCAACAGCAAGACGAGAAGGGACCUGUCAAAAUGUCGUUCUUCUAGUGAGCGGGAAGAACAUGUUUUAUUUCUUUUAGUCUUGUUCAUAACUCGCUUAAUUGACCUGUGGGAAUAUUACACGAUCAAUGCAAACUGCAAUCGGCACAGAACACUUCAGAUAAUGGAAUGAACCACUGCAAAUAAUCAAAGUAUUUUGUUGCCUGCCCAGAUACUUGCAAAGGUUUUUUACCACUUUGUUUUCAAUGUUUUUAUGGUUAGAAUGGUUGUGUCUUAAUGUAGAGAGGCCAGUGAUUCUGGGAGUGUGGAGAGUAGCUAAGUUAAAUUCAUGAAAUUGUGAGACUGGCUGCCACAUGGUUAACUGUGGUCUUCUGAAGUACGAGAUCUACAAAUAAGUGAAGCCUGCAGAAGAGUAGAGCACUAUAAUAAUAAUGAGUUGUUUCAAAUCUGUAUCUGUAAAUAGCUGUUUAAAUGGUUCCAUUGGGAUAUCUGACCAUUCCUCAAUGAUUACAGCAUCCAAAUCCUGGCACACGUACAGAACUGGCAGUCCUGUUCAACGUAUGUGUGUCUGUGGGUGUAUAGGGUACGUGCCAUACUUGUAUGGAAGCUGCAUCUCCCAGGUACAAAUUGGUUUGUCAGGGAUUCCAUUUUCAUAUUGAAGGAGACACCUUCUGAGGUACAAAUCAUUUGUGCUACAUUUCUAACUUUUUGUCCAGCGCCUGUAUUUCUGUUCUCUGGACUCGUGUCAAUUUCAAUCUCAGUCUAGCUUGCUGUGCGAGCUGUCCAUCCAAUAUCAACAGCAGCACCACAAAAGUACAAUGCCAACCUCCAGGCCAGGCUGGCUGUGGGCACUGCUUUUCUAUAUUGACACUGGGAAUUGAAAGAGCCGGUAAAGCCAGAGCGUGUGCACCUUGUUUUUGUUUUUUUUGUUGUUUGUUUUUUAAACGGUUGAAAUUUGAUGUUGCAUUUUAGAUUUUGCACAGUUGUAGAACAGACAGGUUAAGGAGAUUCUUAUUUUCUUGUUCCGGCUUGUGGAUUGAUGAUAGCUAGAAUAAUAUAAAUGGACAGUUGUGCUGUGGAUCCGUCUCUAGUGGACGGCUCACACAAAUCUCGUUUCUGUUCACCUUUGCCCAGGGCUAAUGACUGGUUCAAAUUCACUCACUCUCCUUCUGGCACAACGUUAAAUAGCAGCAUUCACCUGUAUGCCUUCCAUACCAAACCAUACAUUGUGGGAUCUUGAGAAAACAUGUAACAGUAAUGCCCCUCAGGAACACGCAAACAUCCAACAUUGAGGCAAUGAGAACUGCAGGUUUGCAGUUAUUCUCUAACAAAACCAAACAGUAACAUACUGCUUGCUCAGUUAAAACACUUACUUGUGUAGAGUGUUGACCUAAUUUGCCUGUGGGUUUGCAAACCAGUUAGCUAAUACCAGACUUUUUGGUAUUUAAUUUUGUGUUAGACCAGCAAUAUUAAAAUCUGUCAGGAUGCUGUCAGCUAAGUUUUGUCGAAAUGUGCAAUUCUAGGUACAAAAUGUACAGUAACAAGUCCUCAAUUAUAUGUUUGUCAAGGAAAUUCUGUAUAAAACCUCUCUUCCUCAAAAUG